UUUGGGGAGAUGUUUCGAAACUGAACCUGCUGUCUCAUCACUCCUCCUCUCUCCACAGACCCUGCUUCUCAGAAGAUGCACUAUUAUAGAUACUCCAACGCCGAGGUCAGCUGCUGGUACAAGUAUCUCCUUUUCAGCUACAACAUCGUCUUCUGGUUGGCUGGAGUUGUCUUCCUCGGUGUCGGACUAUGGGCGUGGAGCGAAAAGGGGGUGCUGUCCGACCUCACCAAAGUGACCCGGAUGCAUGGCAUUGACCCUGUGGUCCUGGUGCUGAUGGUGGGCGUGGUCAUGUUCACGCUGGGUUUCGCUGGCUGUGUGGGGGCCCUGCGGGAGAACAUCUGCCUGCUCAACUUUUUCUGCAGUGCCAUUGUGCUCAUCUUUUUCCUGGAGCUAGCCGUGGCCGUGCUGGCCUUCCUGUUCCAGGACUGGGUGAGGGACCGGUUCCGGGAGUUCUUUGAGAGCAACAUCAGAUCCUACCGGGAUGACAUUGACCUGCAGAACCUCAUCGACUCCCUUCAGAAAGCUAACCAGUGCUGUGGGGCAUAUGGCCCUGAAGACUGGGACCUCAACGUCUACUUCAACUGCAGUGGCGCCAGCUACAGCCGCGAGAAGUGUGGGGUGCCCUUCUCCUGCUGUGUGCCCGACCCCGCGCAAAAAGUUGUGAACACACAGUGUGGCUAUGAUGUCAGGACUCAGGUGAGAGCCCCAAUGCAUAUGACUUUGAAUUCUUCAGGUUUACUCUCUAGGGUCCAACUUCCUGAUUUAGCACAAGUGCAAAUUGGAGUGGGAAAGCCAGGGGAGACUAAGCUCAGAGGUGCCACCUAAGCUGGGAACCAGGCAAGUGGGAGCACACGGCCACGCACACGCCUUCCCUGAGCUGCUGGCAAGACAAGAUUCAUGGGAACAGUAAUGGGUGUGAUUUCAAGCUCUGUGAACCACAGUCACACAAUCUAGCAGUUGCUACGUUAGUGGAAAGAAGAUGGAUGAAAGUUUGGGGGAACAAAGACGACAUGUUUAAGAGGCCCUUGGAGUCCCAGGAGGUGUCUGUUAUGUAGGGGUUCAGGAUGGAGUUGCAGGAGGCACAUGGCUUGGUCCAGCUGCCAUUAUGGAGGCAAUGCUGACAGGGAGGGAGAUAGGCUCAGGGCAGGAGCAGGGCUCAGUCCUCUAAGGGCUUCCUCAGGCCACAGGGAGUGUGCGAUUGGAUGUGAAGAGGCGAGGGCCCACCCCAGUGCUUGCUCUGGUGGCCUCUGGUGAUGUGAAUGACAGCUGUUCUGAAGGAGAGGGAUCUCGGGGAAACUGCAGACAUCCCGCUGUUGGCCGUGGACACUAGGGAUGUGACCCUAUAGUCUGGGAAACCUCAACUCCCUCUGCAGUGAGCUCCGCUUCAUAGCAAUGGACCUUUGUCAGCAUCAGCUUCUUCAGUGACCAAUUGCCUCGCCACUUGUAUCAGUUGCUAGGGCUGCUGUAGCAAAGUACCCAGGCCGUGCGGUUAAAAUAACAGAGAUUUAAUUUUCUCAUAGUUCUGGAGGUU